AUGUUUUUAUGGCCCCGGGGCCAGGUCAGCUUUUGUAAACUGUGUACGACUUAUCUAACAGAUUGCAUAUUUUUGUACUUUCACUUUCUCGUCAUGUGGCGACACUGUCGACGAUCCAUUGUAUUAUGCAAUGCAUGCAACAAAUUCAGACAUGUUUCUCGGCGCCAUCUUUUGUCCAGUAAUUAUGCGUUACAAGAUACUUGGGAAAACAGGUGGCCAUCAACUGUGGAGAAUGUGCCGUUCGGACGAUUGUCACUAAAAAUGAUUGAAAACUUUGAAAAGUUUGGAAAGAGCAGCGUCAUUGACAUGGAAAUGUUGGUGAAAAGUUUGCAGAAUGUAUCAAUGGAAAAUAUAGAACUAACAGAGGAUAUUAUGUACAGGUUUCGACAUUCAGAUGAUGGUUUCCCGGUGCGAGAUUCUAUUGUUAAUGCUAUCGUUAGAUCUUAUAUAGACCUGGAAAUCCCAGAUCGUCUUGUUCCUCUUUUAAAAGACAAGCUGGGUUAUGGCCUACUGUUAGAUAACUACACUGCCAACUUGUUAAUGAGCCAUUUUCUACAGCAGGAUAUGACAGAAGAAGCAGCCAUGGUAGCGUAUGAGAUGAUGUUACAAGAGGACACGAGCCAUCCAUUCACAAACUGUAUGUCCUUAUAUUGCUGUGUCAAACGUUUACAAGAGAUCGGAGACGUUCAACCACCAGAAGAUGCCCCUAUAGUCGCUGAUGAGGAAGAAGAGUGGACCAGAGUAAGAAUUAUACACCGUCCUGUUUAUGACGACCAUUUUGACAUCAAGAAAGAACAUUUGAAACUUGGGAAGUCUCUGUAUUACCUUGGGAGAGCAGGUGUUGUUCCUGACAGAGACUCCUCCACAAAAGACUUAGUCAGCCGUUCCCUGCAGUUCGUGGGGCUAGGACUCUACAACAAGUUCUCUAAAGCCUUGGAUUUAUUGGAGACCUGGAUCGCAGCCGCCAAAACGAACAACACACCUGUAUUAUGUCAGAAGCAGAUCGAAACAUUUAAGAACCACUUAGAAUGGAGUCCCACCAGAGAUCCGGAGGAAGAGGAACUAGAACUGGGACAACAGACUCAGGAUUAUGUCGCCAGGAAGCUGUACUUGACGGAGGAAGAAAAGGCGGCAUGUAUGGAAAGAUUCGAGAAAUUGACAGAGGAGCUGAAGUCUUUUGGUGGAAUUUCUGAUCAAGAGAUUUAUUCAUACAUUUUGAACAAUGUUCAAGAGCAAAUGAAAAACUUAGAAGGACAAGAAAAGUCUUCUCAGGAAAAACGUUACCAAGAUUGGAAAACUGAAAUGUUAAAUUUGUACAAAGAGCAAAUGAAAGAAGAGUCGAGACUAAGAAAACAACAGGAGAUUGAAUUAAAAAUGGCAGAAAUGGCUGAAAAAGAGGAACUUAUUCUAGCUCAUGAGAAGAAGAGAGAGAUUCUGCUGGCACGAUUCCGAGUUCCAGUUGAGGCAAAGAGGAAGGAGAAGGAAGAACUUGAUGAGGAUGAGCUGGAAGAGAGGAUGAAGAACAAGAGAUCUAUCAUCAAGAAGAAGAAAUAAU